AGAAUAAAACUGUGAUGUGAACAAAGUGACUGUAACUGCCCAGAAGUGACGCUCGCCGUCAAAAACAAGGGUGCAAAAUCAAUUUACAGAUGAACCUCCAUCCAUAUUCAUAACAAUGGACUCUAAUGGAGCAGCAUGAAAUGAGAUGAAGUCUGUGUCUUUUUAUGCGGUGAAAUCCGAGCAAAAGCCAGAAUCAGAUAAAUGAACUCCAGUGAAGCAUCAGCUCAGCCAAAAGCACCUCAUGUCGUUUCUGGACUGCACCUGUAUCUCGUCCCACUCACAUGUCCAGUCCAUCAGCAUAGAGGAGCAGUAUGAAGACAUCAGCCAUCAGUGCUCGAGCAGUGACGUCUCUCCGUGUUCUGUGUUGACGGAUGGCGAUGACAUCACAGAUCUUUCCACUGACUCCGCCCACUAUCAGCUGCUGUCACAACUGGGCCGGGGCUUUAAUAACCUCAGUCAGGUGAACAUGGCACGUCACACACCGUCUGGCAGGCUGGUGGCAGUAAAAAACACAAACCUGGACGAGUGUACAGAAGAUGAGCUGCUGCAGCUGAUGAAUGAGGUUCUGCUGUCCAGACGGUUCCGUCACCCGAACCUGCUCACGUCCAGACUGGUGUUCAGCUCCUGCUGUCAGCUCUGGGUUCUGUCUCCGCUCAUGAGUUACGGUUCUGCAGACUCUCUGCUCAGGUCGUACUUUCCGGAUGGAAUGAGCGAGUCUCUGAUGGCGUACCUGCUGUACGGGGUUCUCCGAGCGCUCGAGUACCUGCAUCACAUGGGCUACGUGCACAGAGGUGUGAAGGCGAGUCAUGUGCUGCUGUCAGCUGAGGGCCGUGUGUGUUUGUCAGGGCUUCAGAGUGUGUACAGUCUGAUGAAGGAUGGCAAGAGGAUGAGAGCUGUGUUUGACAUGCCUCAGCACAGUCCGUCUCUCCUGCCGUGGCUGAGUCCGGAGCUUCUGCGACAGGAUCUUCACGGCUAUGGAGUGAAAUCAGACAUCUACAGUCUGGGAAUCGUGGCAUGUGAGCUGGUCAGUGGCAGAGUGCCGUUCCAGGACAUGCCGCCCACUCUGAUGCUGCUUCAGAAGCUGCGGGGUUCUCACUGUUGUCUCCUCGACGUCCCCCCUUACCCGCUGGGAGACAUGGGGGCGCUCAAGGUGUCUCGUUCCGGUGUGGAUUCGGGGAUCGGCGAGAGUGUUGCGACUGGAAGUCUGACUCGUACUGCCACUGCAGAGAGACCUCAAAGCCCCGCCCCCAAAAACCACUCGGUCACACUGCACAACCUGGUCCAACUGUGCCUGCAGCAGCAGCCUGAUCGCAGGCCGUCUGCGACUGCUCUCCUCAGCCACCCCUUUUUCAGACAGGUGAAGAAACACACGAGGGACUCUUUCCUGAGUUUGAUGUAUCCGGCCGUGCCAGUGUCCUGUCCUCCAGACACACCUCCAUCCGGGACACCGACCCAGACCUGCAACACCCCGUCUCCCAGCGACACUGAGCCAGAGGACGGCAUGUGGGACUUCUCCUAAACCUGGCUGACCCUCUCUUGGCCAUUUUCUUUCUCACACAAAUCUUGACCCAGGCAACUAGCGAUACAUAUAUUCCAUGUUAAUCCAUCCUAACCAGCUGCUACAUUUUGUUAGUUUGUCGUUCACUUGGUUUUGUAUACCACGGUAGCCCACCCACAGUGAAAUCUCAUUGGUCUAUAUUCCCUCUCUUUACGGACCAAAAUAUCGAUGACAUCAUCUUGCACUUAUGGGCGUAUCUACAUUUUUAGCCAAUCAAAUGCUCUCUAGAAUGAGCACAUACCAGCUGCCUAGACAUUUCCUGAAUAUCAAUAGCAGGUAGAAAAUCAUUGUUAAUCUCUAUGACCGAAACUAAAAGCCUAUUAGCCAGGGCUGCACGAUUAUUAAAAUAAAACCGAAAUUAUGAUAUAGUGUGGUUAUCAAAUCACAAAGGCUGCUAUUUAAUGAAAUAAAUUAUGCACUGCAUGUAUUGAUAGUGUUUUCAGCGUCUUCGAGCGGCUUGAUUCACAGUACAUUUUUCUUAAAUACUUGAUUUGGUUUUAAUUUACAGUGACAUUACAAUAGUAAUAUUUAGUAAUAUUAUUAUUAUACUCAUAUUUAUAUAUAAUCACUACGUUUUCGACAAAAUUGUGCAGCCCUACAAAAAAGCACAGCAAAGCUAGAGCUUUUUGAUUUAAUCACUAGCACAGUUUUUAUCAGAAAAAUCACAAGUAGAUUUUAUUCCCCGAAAUCGUGCAGCCCUACUAUUAGCUAUUUGGGACAAGCAAGUCCUUUUGAUAAACAGGAAGUUAAACUGCACUCGUCAAGCCAUUUGACGCGUCUUAAAAUGUCAAAUACUGUAUGCUCAGAUUGACUGUGAAUUUUUUCACUUUAUGCAACGGUUUUACUUUCAUUAUGGACCGAAAAAUGAAAGAAAGACACGUGACUUGUGUCUUAUUCAAUGCUCUGCGCUCAUCUGUAUGCUGCACAUUCUGACUAAUGUAGUAGGUCACCCAAGUAUUCCACAUACUACAGUA